CUACUAUCUCCGAUCCCCCGAAUUUCCAAUUCCAUAUGGCGGCCAGUCAGUCUCCCUACGCUUGCGACACCUGCCGUGCUUCCAAAGUGCGAUGCGAUAAGACACGGCCCCGAUGUAUUCGCUGUUUACGUAUGGGUAAUUGCUGCAACUAUGCGGAGACAAGAGCCAGCCACCGCGCCCAUGCCUCACACCAGAAUAAGCCAGCGGUACCGGGGCAAUCGCCCUUCCCGCGGCGGAACAAACCCGAUAACAGCAUCAGCCAGUUUCAGCCAGCCAGAGGACCCAUGAGACGGAAUCGUGUCCCCAAGGCGUGUUUGCGCUGUCGGCAGUCAAAAGUCAAAUGUGAUCGGCAAGAGCCUUGUGGUCGGUGCCUCAAGGCUGACCGAGAAUUAGAAUGCUCCUAUCCGACCGGUUCCAUGCUUACAGACAAGAAUCCUGAUGCGACAAGACAGGUCAUUCCUCUAUACAAGCAAACUUUCCAUAGUGGACACCACUGGUCAAUCCUGGUUGAGAAUAUCGAGAGUCUGCUUAAACAUCAUCGCUGGCCUGGUAACCACCACGAGCAGCAUAUGGAACAAGAGAACUUGUAUUCUUCUAUGGGAAACUUCUUCGGCAGUAUGAGUCCGCUACACAAUGCCACUCGGAGAGCCCUGCUGUCCCAUAUUCCGCCGCGGGACGUCGCUGAUAGUUUCGUCGAGCAUUACCUCAAAAUAAUCGAACCUUCGCAUCAGAUUCUCCACGUGCCAACUUUCCUCUCCGAAGCCGAGAGGUUUUGGGAUAAGCCCAGUGCUCUUAGCGACGGAUGGCUAGCCCAGUUCCUUGCGAUCCUUGCCCUCGGAUGUCAUUUAGUCAAUGUGUCUAGUGGACGAAGCGACAUGAAUGACUCUGGGAUUCUCCCAUCACAAUUGCUGGAUGCAGCGCAAGCUUGCUUGCAACGAACGGGUUUUAUGAUACACCCCGACUUGGCCAGUAUACGAGCUCUCUGCCUCUUUGUUAUCUUUAGGCAGACAAAGGGGGUGGUUUGCAUUGAGUCGGCCGCAUUAUGGCCCGCAACAGGGCUGAUCGUUCGUCUGGCAGUCAUGAUGGGGUUGCAUUCGACUGCUCCGCUUCAUAAUUCCCACGGCCGGCGUUCACCAAUAGACGCUGACAUACGAAACACUCUCUGGGCGUCGGUGAUUCUUCUUGAUCUGCGCCAGAGCCUUGCAGCCGGCAUGCCAGUAAUGUCGCCUUCGAGGGACCUACUAUCAGAACCAUUAUUCAGCAUUGAUCAUGCGCUUUUAGGGGUGGCUGAUCGCCCAGAAGGCUUGCUUUUUCCACAGCUUAUCUACGAUACACUUCCCCAUAUCUUCAAAAUUCUGGAGCUGGCCACCUCUGCGCAGGUCACCUUGGCCUACAGCCUAGUGGCAACCUAUGACCGGCAGAUCAGGGCCCUGCUCAAAGACUACCAGAAGCCCUUCCUAUCGGUCCACAAGUCCGAUAUCGACACAUUCGACACCAAACGCUUCCAGUGGACCAUGAUCGAUGUAUUCUUUCGACGAGUGCUUCUAGCCCUCCACAGUCGGCUCUACCAGGAGCCGCAAGCCUCGACUCGAUAUCCUGUGUCUUACUGGUCCUCUCUUGAAUGCAGCCUAGCUCUCCUUUCCCAGCAGCGCGAACUGUGGGACACCGUAUCUGCUUCUUCUUCCUCUGGCUCUACUACCGCCGUCACGGCAGCUUUUUUCUAUGCUCGACUCUUCCAGCAAGAAUUCUUCCUCGCGGCCGUGACGGUGUGCUUCCACCUGGUGCAGACGCAGGCCCCCUUUGUAUCCUCGGCCGACAAUAGCCCCAAGUGCCAGCGGCAAGCACGCCACACGAUCCUGGAUCUUCUACACUCGUGCAAGGAGAUAUGGGGCAAUGAAAAGGAAACCUCGAUCUGCCAUAGCAGGUCUUUUGAGAUGAUUGGUACCUUGCUCGCGAUCGUAGAGGACGAUGCGCAGCCAGAGGAGGGACGUAUUCCACCCCCUUGCCCGGGGAUUGAGCCAUCUUUACCCACCUGUCAAGGCGACGGAGAACAUGAAUACUGUGGCGAAAUAUUCCAGCUGCAAACUUGGAAUAACCUACCCAGCAUGUUCACGGACGAAUAAGGAACCUCCUUACCAGACUAUUACUUGGCAUAGGACUUACGUUUGCCCGUUACCUCCCAUGUAAAGCCUAUGACAGCCCAAGAACAUACCUCCAACGUCAUCUCGCCAAACCCUUAAAAAAGCUUUUUAGGGGUAUCAAGCGCUAUACUUGCUGCGAUUCAGUUACCGAAAUCCGCGGCAGGA